UCUUUCCAUGGCGCUGCAGACCUGCGUUUGUUCCGAGCCGGGACUGCGGCUCGACAGGUUUCGAAAAGAGCUCCGCUUGCUGAGCAGCGAGCAUUCCGGCCCCCGCGGUCACACUCUUGCGCGAAACUGCGAGAUCGGAUGGAACGACGGAUCACUUUUUCGGUUGCGGCAGGCCCUGUCGAAUGCAAGUGGUUCCCCAGCUUGUGCCCUUGGGCGGAUCGCUGAACUUGUGCUUUGCUCGCAGCAGCGACUUCGCCAUCGGGAUUAUGUGGGGGUGCUGCGAAACCUGGAAACGGCCAAUGCUUUAGCCCCCUUGGCAUCCACGUGCAUGGAACGCCUAGUGAAAGAGAACAAGGCUGAGUUGGCCUCAGGGCUUUCACAAGAGGAGCUGUACGACAACUUCCGCAAUGCCGUGCGCGUGCUUGGGCCCCUCACGAUGCGGGAUGAGGAAGAAGAGGGAGAGCAGAAGGACUUCUUCCAACAGCCGAUUCCUCAAGAGGAAUGGCUGCAGCGGGUGGCAGAGAGAAUGGACGAGGAGAAGGUGGAAAAGUUGAGGUGGCGAUCCAGAACACAUCCAGAGUCCAACGUGUUUUUUGGAGUUCCGCCUUUGAGGGGUGCUGGAGCGCCGAAAGAGCCCAGAGACAGCGCCACUGAAGACGAAGUUUGUGGCCUGCAAUCGAAGGCGCCGCGUCGAGCUACGGCCUUCUCGGGGCCGUCCAGAGCGCGGCAGCUGUCAGCCAGCGGCUGUGUGUGGCUUCUUGAAAACGCCUGUAUUGAGGAUCGCAAGAUUAUCCUUUUUGGCCGAGAAUCGGAGGCAGAGUCCCUUCCAAGGAAGCUGCUUGCCUGUGGGGAAUUCGGCAGCUUUGAGUUCAAUGCGGUUGAACUGAGACAUCCGGCAGCUAGGCACUUGUAUCCGAGAAAUUCUUCGGAGGUUGAUACCCUUGUCAUUGCAGGCGCUUUGGCAAGUGGCACGUCGUUGCACAAUCCUUUUCACCUGAUGCAUUCAACCAUACCUUUGGUUUGGCAGCUUCAUCAUCCAGACUAUGGUCUUUGUAUCCCCAGGUCAGAGUUAGAUAUCCGCCUGGCUUUCCACAGCGCUUUCCAUGCUCGCCGGCAAGUUCAUUUCUGGAAAGCCUUUAGCAGGCACUCCAACGACAUGGCACAGAUCUCAGAUGCUGAGAAGCCACAGAGGCUCGUUAUCCCAGCGCAGUGGAGAUUCUGGUGGGGCCCCCUUGCGGAGAUGCCGCCGCUUCCUCUAGGAGCCGAUGCAACUGCCAAGUGCUACCCGCGAGUGAUUUUCGGUCGCGAGCUGCUUCGAACAGGGCUUGGCGGGGUCGUGACCCCCCGAGUGGUGACCUUCUAUCAUCGCUAUCUCAACGCCGUUUUUGCCCAGAGCCGGGAACGUGAAGGACCUGCGACUGGACGAGCUUUUGACGCAGAGCUGAAGAUGUAUGGAGCCAUGGGAGUCAAUCCCCCGCAGAGACAAGACGCUGCGUCCCUGUCGCAGAUAGCUCCUGGAGGUCCGAUGGACUUGGACUACUUCACUGCGGAUGGCUCCAAAUACCUGACCCAGCCACCAGCUCUGCUCCCUUUGGACAAAGAGGAGGUGGUUCAAGUUGACGAUGAGGCAGAGGUGAAAUGGGCACAAUCCACGACCAAGAAGGCUCUCCGAAAUGUCAAUGUCCUUUGGGUGCAGAGACCAAAACGUGCGAGCCGAUGGAUUGCAAACAUGGAGGAGAUUCUCAAUUGGCUUCAAGGAUUUGAACACCCGCGCUUCAGUGACCUUCGCGUCAGAGUGCUGGUGGCCCAUUUCGAGCGUUUACAUCCUGCAAUUCAGUGGCACCUAGCGAGACACGCGGACAUUUUGGUGGGCGUCACGGGGGCGGCUAUGGCCUGGGGUGCCUUCAUGCACCAAAAUGCGGUCAUAUUGGACCUCUUUCCACCGGGCUCCAAGUUCUGCAAUGAAGGCUGGGGAAGCAACACCGUCAGCCAUUACGGAGGCUUGGCCCGGCUCAGUGGAAUGCAGUAUACCUGCAUGGAGCACCCGGCUGCUUUGCACGGGUCUGAGAAUCCCACAAGCCAGCAAGAAGCGUUGUACCUCGCAGACAGGGAGGUCAAGGAAAAGUUUGGAGGAUUCUGGCAUGGUCAAAAUGUGCGCUUGAACAUGCCGAAGUUCCAACAGGUAUUCCUUGAAGCUGUCGCCAAGGUGCUGCCCUUUCUACCGCCAGAAAGGACCGCCGACCAUUGAGAGCUUCAGCGUGCAGAUCUUCAAAGUCAAGUGUCACGCGCUGUCGCCCAUCGGUUG